AAAAUAACAAGAUCAUAUAAAUAACUCACUAUUCCUAUAGUGCAAACUGCAAACUCUCUCCCAAUGGCAAUGAAAGUUGUUGUGGUGUUGUUCCUUGCAAUGCUUGUAUUCUUGGGCCAUAGUGCUAUGGCACAACAACGUGACCCAGUAUGUGCAGCAUUUUGUGUACUAAGGUGCCAAAAAAGGCCAGUGUGCCUAACUAGGUGCCUUGCAGGAUGCAUUAUAAGUGCAAACAUAGACAAAUCAGUGGAUACUGAGGCUGAAAUUCGAAACCGUGUCUGUAAUGUUGGAUGUUCUCUUGGCCAUUGUUCCAAAUUUCUGGUCCAAUAUGAUAAUGAGAAGUUUGGAAGUUGCAUGACAAGCUGUAGUGAGAACUAUUGCAUUGGCAGUGCUCUAGAGAAAGCUUAGGAAGAAGCAUUAGCUUGCUCUAAUGCCUAAGUAAAAUUAGUGCCACAAAGUAUGUGUCUAUGACACUGUACUACUAUUAAUUACUUUUGUGGUUGUAAUUUCCUUAAUUAUGUAAUUGUUCUGCAUGCUUCUGUAUUGAAUAAAACUCCAGUACUUCCUAUUAAGCA